UGUCAGGAUGCAUCUCAGUAUGUCCCUUCAAUUCUAAGCGCUACGAGUACUACGGCUCUACGCGCACUGACGUGCAUUAGUAACAAUGAAAUUAUCGAAAGAACAAAUUAUUUACAAUUUGCAACAAUAACUACACCUCGUGUCUGUGUUUUUAUAAAAUGGUAUAAAACUAUCGAAUCAUUUGUGUAUUUAGAAAUGAAACCUCCUGAAGCCACUACCGUUAUAGUAAAUUUUCCAAAGUUUAGUAUUAAAUCGUUGGAGCCUUGAAGUAUUACAAUAUGACUGCAGCAGCAAAAGGUGGCGGGAGACCGCGAGCUGUGCCGUUGCGCUUCAAAUAUUUGUUAUUGCUCACAACUAUCUUCGGUGGCUGCCUGAUCCUCGUGACAUUCAACUCACGCAUAGAGAUGUUCAUUAUGAACACUGACCCGUCCUGGAGUCAUCGCUAUGAAAUAAGAGAUUCUGAAGAAAGUUACACAAUUAGAACGGAAGGAUGCACGAUACCAGGACUCAGGGCGUUUGAUGAAAGCAUUAAAAAAUUCAGUGAGCCCCCAAAAAAAUUCGAACGAUGUCACAAUGCCAAUAAUUCGCUUCUCAAAUCAAACGAGACCCAUAUAUGGAUAGUUAAAGAAAAUCUUCCUCAUUAUAAAUUAUCGAUAAACGAAAGCAUUACUUGUUGCUACAAAUGGUUCUAUAGACCUGCCGCUAUAGUUGAUAUAAAGUCUGCAGAUGUAGAUGAUCGAGUUCAAUAUGGAAAAUGCGUUGAAUUCGAUAAUAGCAUCGAGGCCAUUAAUGAAUUUGUGAAAGUGAGCUGUAGACACACGUACAAAACAAUUUAUGAACAAUUUUUCUUAUUUACAAGCAAAAAGCCACUUAUAACAUCGAUUUCAGAAGACUCAAUUGAAACGAUACAAAAUCAAAGUGGAGGAUACAAUGUAAUUGUGAUGGGUAUUGAUGCUAUUUCCAGGUUAAAUUUCCACAGGACUAUGCCUAAGACGCUGGCGUAUCUCAAAAAGAAGGGAGGAUUGGAGUUCCUUGGCUAUAAUAAAGUUGGUGACAACACAUUUCCAAAUUUAAUACCUAUGCUGUUGGGUAUCAAAGAUACAGAAUUAAAAAAAACGUGUUGGCCGAACACAAAAUCUACCUUUGAUAAUUGUCCAUUUAUUUGGGACUGGUAUAAAGAUGCUGGGUACUACACUGCAUUUGGUGAAGACAGUGCCAGACUAGGAACAUUUAACUACGAAAAACUCGGGUUUGCGGCUUCUCCCACGGAUUAUUACAUUCACACGUUCAUGUACGAAGCUGAAAUUCACGUGGGGAACAAAAAAGAUUUUAACGCUUUCAUUUGCAUGGGUGAUAAAUACUUUUAUAAGGUUCUCCUAGACUAUAUAGAAAGUUUAACUCGCACAUUGAAAAACGAUAAGCUAUUCGGGUUUUUUUGGGAAGUCACAAUGAGCCACGACUAUUUAAAUUAUCCUAUGUUGAUGGAUGACGAUUACGAACAAUUUUUGAAACAUCUCGAUGACAGUAAUUACUUAGAUGACACGAUUUUAAUUUUACUUAGUGAUCAUGGAAUUAGAUGGGGUGAAAUAAGAUAUACAAAACAAGGUAGAUUAGAAGAAAGACUACCCUUGUUCCAAAUAUUAAUACCACGUUCAUUUCAAGAUAACUUUCCCAUGGCUUAUGAAAAUAUUAAAAAUAACAGAAAACGUCUCACUACGCCAUUUGAUUUACAUGCAACACUUUCCGAUUUGACGAAUUUAAAUUUCAUAAAAGACGAACAAAUUAUUUUACGAAGCAAAGAAAAUUACGGCUCCGAUAGAAGUAUAAGUCUAUUUUUACCAAUCCCAAAUAAUCGAACAUGUAAUACAGCUGCUAUUGAUGAUCAUUGGUGCACAUGUCAUAAGAGUAAUAGGAUUUCAAUCAAUAACAAAGACGUGUACGAGCCCGCCUUCGAACUUGUCAGAAAUUUAAAUUUGUUAUUACAAGAUCAUUCCCAAUGUGUCAAAUUGAAGCUUUCGGAGAUUCUUGAAGCCACGGAAAUGGAUGCAGGUGUCCCCGAAGUAGGUGAAGUCGGUUGGCAAGAGAUUAUGCUGGUGGUACGAACUACUCCCGGAGGAGGAGUCUUUGAAGCAACCCUUCGACGUAACAGUAAACAGGAGUGGUCUCUCGCCGGUACUGUCAGUCGACUUAACCUAUACGGAGAUCAAAGCCGUUGUGUUCAUCAUUAUCAGUUAAAAUUAUAUUGUUUCUGUGUCUAAUUAUGAUUUAAAGAUAAAUAAGCCAAACAAAAACUGUGAUAUGAUAUGGAAGAUGAUAAGAUAAGGAAAGAGAUACCUAAUCUAAUAUGGCUGACAGGAUCGAAACAAUAAAAUAUCUUAAAUCUCUUACUAUAAAAUCUUAAAUUAUCAAAAUAUAAUUUUCGUUACAUAGUUGUAAGUUGGAUAAGUGUUCUUUUUUAUAAAUUACAUUUACAUAUGCUCAAAUUUUAAUUAUCACCAAAUAAUAUGGGCAUUUAUUUUAUAAUAAUUAUAAUUAAUAUUUUUCGGUAUGCGGUGUUUACUUAUAUGUCGAAUAAAAGUAAUUACACGAUUUAUAUGUAUAAGAUCAAAGUGGGGACGUCCAAGAAAUAAGUCAGUCGGCUCCUCCCAUUUAGUUUUAAUGACAUACUAUUUAACUAAAUAUAGACCAUAUAAGUCGCUGCUUAUGCAUUUAGGCGGGUAACAAUAAUUAAUAUCUCCUAUUGUUUUAAACUCGAACAUGAAUAACAUAUCCUUCUUCAUCUCUAUCGUACUGAUGUUUAUCUGAGUAUUACCUACUUUGCAACAUCAGACGGAUUUUUAUAUCUAAGUUACCUACUUUACAACUUUAGACGUAUUUUCAUUAGAACUAUGGUCUCCCAAACAUAUCUAUUAAAAAGUCUCUCGUCAUUCAUUUCAUUAAUCGUCAUUCGGUUUCUCGUCAUUUAUUUUCAUUAUUAAAUAAUUUGUGUACAAUUAAGACACACUGUUUUUUUUCUAAUUUUCUAACACACAAAACUGAGUUAAAAAAUGAUUAAAAAUUAGUAGGGAUCACUGGAAACAUUGCAAGAAUUUCGAAAUUUUCGCAAAGAACAAAUGACAGCAGCUGAUGUGUAAACUUAGCACUAACCAAUAUAAAUAAUGAGUGUAAGAGUAUAAGAGCAUUGGAACGAUUCUUAAAAACUUCUAUCUAUAAAAAUAUGCCAAAUUUUAUAAAAGUAUGUUUAGUCUAGUUUUAGUGUGUACGUUUCUAACAAAAAAUUGGGUAUUUCAAUAUUUCGAAGAUUGACUUAUCGCAACGAAACAAAGCUAGCAAUUAAUUUACCUAAUUGGUAGUUUAUUUUAGUUACACUGUAAAUACGUUAUCAAAGGUAUUUUAAUAGCGUAAAAUUACAGUUUCUAAUCUAAAGACUUCUCGAUAUUUAUUUAUGUUAUUAGUAACACUUUAAAUACCUACUCGUAUAUAUAUUCUUUACUGGUGGUAGGACCUCUUGUGAGUCCGCGCGGGUAGGUACCACCGCCCUGCCUAUUUCUGCCGUGAAGCAAUAAUGCGUUUCGGUUUGAAGGGUGGGGCAACUGUUGUAACUAUACUGAGAUCUUAGAACUUAUAUCUCAAGGUGGGUGGCGCAUUUACAUUGUAGAUGUCCAUGGGCUCCAGUAACCGCUUAACACCAGGUGGGCUGUGAGCUCGUCCACCCAUCUAAGCAAUAAAAAAAAAAAUGUUUUUGUUGUUGUUAUAUUAUUUUGACUGAUGCAUAAAACCUAAUGUCAAGUUCCAAAAUAGAACUAAUAGUUCAACUACAUAAUUUAAUGAAUAUUGACGUGAUUAAUAAUAUUAAUUUGUACAUGGCACGUAACAGUAAAUAUAACAACAUUUCUAGAAUUUUUAAUGCGAGAAAGUAUAUAUUGAGUUAUAAAUAAAAUAAAAUAUUAUUUACCUACAAAA